AUGACAAGAGUACAAAUUCCGAGCACUCUUCCACCACGAUACCAAAUCCGCAGACUCACACUCGCCGACAUAUAUGCCGUCAAAGCUCUCUUUGUGCAAAGCAAGACAUCUCCCUCCUCAUUCUGCCCAGCUGUGGAGUCUGGAAACCAAACAAUUAUGGCAUACCAACAAUACCAUGCAGUUGAAUAUCUAGUGCGCCACGCAAUAAACUCAAACAUGUCUUUCGGUGUAUUUGACACUGAAUACUCUUAUCGUUAUUCCUCCUCAAUCAAAAUGGGGGGAAAGCUCCACUGGGACGAGAACGAUACCGAAGCGUCGUCGGAACAACUCCUUCACCAAAUUGACUUUCCCCUUGUCUCUAUUGCAUUAAGUUAUGAUGCGGCAAAUCCACCCGAUAAGCGUAAAAUGCAGCGCUAUCUUGAUAUCCGGCCAGGCUAUAAGCAAGCAUGUGUUCACCUUGAUUCGCUCAUUCCGGCGUCGGCUAGGGAUGGCUAUAGAGAUGCGCCAUUGGGAAAGGUGUUGAUGAGGAAGGGGUCAGUUACGAGGGGUGAUUAUGAGGGAAGGGGCAUUAUGAAGGGUAUGGCACUUUGGCUGGUCGGGGAGGCGAAACGAUGUGGGUUUGAAGUUAUUGAGAUUCCAGUUUCAAAUUCAAUUGUGCGUAGAGUUUGGGAGAAUCUGCCGCCACCAUGUAGAGUGGCUGUUAUGGCGGAGUAUGUGAUUGAAGAUUUAGAGGUCUGCGAUGAGAACGGCGAGAAGAAGAGGCCCUUUGAAGGAAUUCAAACUGAGAUAUGUCAGCUCAGAAUCAAUUUAUGA